UGAAGAAUACAGGUUAAAUUUUAACCUUUAAUAUUUGAUAAGCAUCAAUGGGUAAAAACUUGAGAAGUAGAAGGAAAGACCAGACCACCUCUUCAUUUUGUUCAGUAUCUAUCUGUCUCAGAUUCAAUAUUGUGUUCCAAGCGGGGGAUGCAUGUUUCAAGUUUUCCAAUACAAUAGCAUAGGAGAUCCUUACAUUCAUACCAGUUCAAAGCAAGAUUGCUGCAAUCUUAUGCUAAUACUACUAAAGCAGAAUAUCUUGUAAAUAGAAGAGGAAAGGAAAAUUUUGAGAAAUGAAAAUAGCCCUCUCUCUCCUUAUAAACAGAUUCUAUUGUGGUUGUCAGACUCUGCAUUUUUAGUGGAGAAAGAGACCAACAGAAUACUGGGGUAAAAAUUUUGACCACGGAGGAAAACCAAAAUGGAAAAACAGAUUCAAAAAUUCCAAAAUGAGGUAUCUUUUGUAUCAAUUACCAUAGCAACACUUAUCAUCACCUUCCUCUUCCUCCAAACCCCCAAAACAUGCAUCCCACCAAGUGCUCUCCAAAAGCCUCACUUGAGAUUCCCCAACUCGACCUGUGACUCUACCCCUCGCCACCACCUUCCUCUUUCCAAGAAGAAUGCCCGCCUCUGGUCCUCCAAAUCUUGGACGACCCGGGUCUCUUCCUUUGUUCAAUUCUUCACCCAACUGUACCAAAAUGGUCUCUUAAAGAACCACUCCAAGGUCCUGUGUGUCUCUGCUGGGGCUGGCCAUGAGGUCAUGGCUCUAUCCAAAAUGGGUCUUAAGAAUGUUAUAGGUGUUGAACUGAUAGAAUCCUUGCCUUUGGUUAGCAGGGCCAAUCCCCAUAAUCUUCCCUUCUUUGAUGGGGCUUUUGAUGUUGCCUUCACUGGUCAUUUGAUGGCGGCCUUGUAUCCCUUGCGGAAUGCAGAGGAGAUGGAGAGGACUGUCAGAAAUGGUGGAGUGUGUGUGGUGGUUGUGGAUGAAUGUGGUGAGGAGGAAGUCAAGGAGAUUGUUAGGUUGUUUAGGAGGUCUCGGCUGCUCAGCUCUUCUGAUGUUACCUUGAAUGGAAGGAGAGUAACAAGAAUUAUAAUGAGAAAAAAAGCUUCUGAUUAAUCUUUUUUAUACUGCAGUGAUCUAUAUGUGUUCAUUUGUGUAUAUUUGUUGGUUACAGUAUCGUAGUAUUGUUGUUAUGAAUGGAAAAAACUUGAAUUCUGAAUGCUGGUGAUACAAACAGGUAGAAGCAGAACUGAAAAAAGCCUUGAAAUUUGUUGAGAAUCUUGAGAUACCUCAGAUACUUACAUAGUGAGGUGAAAGCUGAAGGUAGGCCUGGCAGGCUGAUUUGUUUUUGGCAGUUUCUUGUACAAUUAAAUUUGUUAUUCCCAAGGCUUUAAGUGUUCCAGUUGGUUUUGCCUGUGGUCUUUGAUUCAUGUUUUUUAUAUUGAAAUGAUAUGAAACUAGUUUCUGAAAACAAUUGCUCCUAUGCAAAUGGGCUUGUAUUUCCUUUAAAAAUGUCAGGCAUCGAUGUCCUGAGGAAAGAUUGCAAAGAUCUGCAUUGAUUUAAACUGUUUCUAGCUGGUGUUUUUCUUUGAAUGAAAGUCAUCGAACUGGUGUUUAUGUUAA